AUGAGUUCGACUUCCGGCAAACCGUUGCCGUCACGAAUGACGCUUCAGCUGUUGAAGCAAAAACGUACAAAUGCAUUUCUGGGUUACUCAUUGCUUAAACGUAAAAGUGAUGCUCUGACCUCAAAGUUCAGAAAACUACUGAAGGACACUAUUGAGGGGAAGGAGAAAGUAAUCGAGGGGUUCAACGAAGCGUCAUAUGCUUUGGCGAAUGCUGUCUGGUCUGCUGGAGAUUUCAAAUCGCUAGUCGUGGAAUCAGUCGGUCGCUCUGCCGUUACAUUACGAGUACGAACGGAAAACGUUGCCGGUGUCAUUAUCCCGCAUUUUGAACUUAAAAUUGAUCCUACUGUGGAUGUUAUCGCAAACAUCGGACUCACAACAGGUGGAAAUGUCAUCCACUCUGUGAAAACGGCUCACGUAGAGUUCCUACAGACCUUAGCGGAACUUGCAUCGCUACAGGUCUCUUUUAUGAUGUUGGAACAAGAAAUUAAAAUGACAAACAGACGUGUCAACGCACUAGAUAAUCUGGUCAUACCGACCAUUGACGAACACGUGGAAUACAUAAAGAGGGAACUAGACGAGCUGGAGCGUGAAGAAUUUUACAGGCUUAAGAUGGUGCGUAACAUGAACCAGGACGACGACGUACCUGCACGAUCCGCUACUCCCACAAAGGCGGGAGAAUGUGGCGCCCAGUCACAGAGCGCCGAUGGCUCACGAAUGAUAUUUGGUCACGUCGACGAGGACAUUGUUGUCUAA